CAAAUGGCUCAGUGGUCCAGUGGACGCACACGGGUCACUUGACUCUCUCUCCUCCGCCCACAGUGUGCUGUGGACGCUCGCGCCCUUUGCAUCCCCUCUCGCUUCCGUCCGCUCCGGGUCGCGGUCGCUCGCUCCUGUCUGCUCCGGGUCUCAGUGGGUCUCUCUCAUUCAUCUGCUCCUGGUCCCGGUCGCUCAUCAUUCGGGGAUUAGUUGCUGAUAAACAUGAAACAUACGAUUUCAAUUCUCCUGGCCAACAUCUUGGUGCUCUUGUUGCCGCCUGGUGGAGGUUGCUCGGAGGCUGAACACCGGCUCUUCAGGAAAGUGUUCGAAAAAUACAACCAGUUCAUCCGCCCCGUCGAGAACGUCUCCGACCCGGUGGUCGUGCAGUUCGAGGUGUCCAUGUCUCAACUGGUCAAAGUGGACGAACUGAACCAAAUCAUGAAGACCAAUCUUUGGCUGAGACACAUCUGGAAUGACUACAAGCUAAGAUGGGAUCCAAAAAGCUUUGGUGGAGUAGAGUUCAUUAGAGUGCCAUCCAGCAAAAUAUGGAAACCAGACAUUGUGUUGUACAACAAUGCAGUUGGAGACUUUCAGGUGGAUGAGAAAACCAAGGCCUUGCUCCGUUACAACGGGGACGUCACCUGGAUCCCUCCGGCUAUUUUCAAGAGCUCCUGCAAAAUAGACGUCACAUACUUCCCAUUUGACUACCAGAAUUGCACCAUGAAGUUCGGCUCGUGGACCUACGACAAGGCCAAGAUCGACUUGGUGCUGAUCGGCUCCACCAUUAACCUCAAAGACUUCUGGGAAAGCGGUGAGUGGACCAUCAUCGACGCCCCGGGCUACAAACACGACAUCAAGUACAACUGCUGUGAGGAGAUCUACCCGGACAUCACCUACUCGCUGUACAUCCGUCGACUGCCCCUCUUCUACACCGUCAACAUGAUCAUCCCCUGCCUGCUCAUCUCCUUCCUCACCGUCCUGGUCUUCUACCUGCCCUCCGACUGCGGGGAGAAGAUCACGCUGUGCAUAUCCGUCCUGCUCUCCUUGACCGUGUUCCUGCUCGUCAUCACCGAGAUCAUCCCGUCCACCUCGCUGGUGAUCCCCUUGAUCGGCGAGUACCUCCUCUUCACCAUGAUCUUCGUCACCCUCUCUAUCGUCAUCACCGUCUUCGUGCUGAACGUCCACUGCCGCACCCCAAAGACCCACACUAUGCCCGGCUGGGCGCUCGUGCUCGCUCUGCGACUGCAUCCGCAGCCGCAGCAGCAGCAGCAGCAACGUAAGCCCCGGUCGAAGGCCACCAGCGUGUUGUCCAGCCUGGCCCGCAGCCAGCCGCUCUUCAUUAACACAGAGCUCUCCAGAGUCAACAGCUUGACCAGAGAGCCAGCCAAGGCCCCGCGCUACGAGGGAAAAUGCUGGCACCAAAGGGGCUCCAACCUCCCUGCGGACUGCGGGGGAGGAAGCGGAGGGCUGGGCAGUCUCGGGGCCCUCAGUGGAGGUAGCGCUGCCGGGAUGGGCCUGAGUAGUCCCUGCUCCAGUUCGAGCUCCAUGGAAGGAGGCCUGGUGUUCUUGUCCCCGAUGUCCCCGGAGGUGAGGGAGGCCAUCGAGAGUGUUCAGUAUAUAGCGGAGAAUAUGAGGCUUCAGAAUGAAGCCCAGGAGGUAAAAGAUGACUGGAAGUAUGUCGCCAUGGUGAUUGACAGGAUCUUCCUGUGGGUUUUUGUUCUGGUCUGCAUCCUGGGAACGGCUGGACUUUUCCUGGAGCCGCUGCUACUUGGAGACGACAUUUGACCGAGACAGAGUUGAGACUUUUGGUCUGAAAAAUAUCAUAACAUUUCAAAUGCCUUCAUUUGAGUGUUCAGACUGAGGAAACAAUGGCAAACACUGUGAUAUAGUCAUUUCUUACCCCAAACAAUGUAUCACCAGUAUAAAGCAUAUAAUGUAUUCAUUGCUCAAUAACAGAAUGCCCAUAAAUAACUGUGUUCAAUUGCUGAAACAAUUAUUCAAUUGCAUCUGCCACUUUUUAACAUGAAUAUGAUUUAACAGACUUUAAAGAUGUAGGCAUAUAAACACAGUCGACUACCUACCAUCUGAGAUACAAGGUCUUGUUAACCAUAAUCAAGGGUGACAUCUUGUGGAUGUAAUCUGGCAUUGCCCUUUCUAAAAGGCUGCAUAUGCAAGGUUUCCUGCUGGCUUAAUGAAUGCUGCAUUCAUCUAUGUAUAUAUAUAGUACAUAACUCCUUGGCUAAAAUAACUUACCAAAUAUUUUACUCAAACUAUGGUGGUAAGAUUAAAUAAUAAUUUGAAUAAACAAAAAAGAUUCUAUACAGCCUAGCCAUUUUAUUAUCUGUAUAUUGUUAUAAAAUAACUCUUUGUACAUCUGAUGUUUUAUUAAAGAGCUCAUUUGGUUACUC